AUGGCAGAGAAUGGCACAGCAGUGACAGAUUUCAUUCUCAUGGGCUUCCAGCUGCAGGCAGAGUUGCAGAUGGGUCUCUUCUUUGUGUUUCUGGUCCUUUAUCUUAUCACCAUGGGGGGCAACAUGGGCAUGAUAGUGCUGAUUCAGAGUGACACUCGCCUUCAGACCCCCAUGUACUUCUUCCUCAGCCACCUCUCCUUCCUGGACGUCUGUUACUCCUCUGUUAUUGUGCCCCAGUUGCUUGAGACCUUAGGUACUGACAAGAUGGUCAUCACCUAUGAGCGCUGUGCCAGCCAGUUCUUCUUUUUCACACUCUGUGCUAGCACCGAGUGCUUCCUGCUGGCCGUGAUGGCUUAUGAUCGAUACGUGGCUGUGUGCAAUCCCCUGCUCUACGCCACCUCCAUGACACCCCAGACCCGCCUGCAGCUGGUGGCCUGGGCCUAUGCUGGGGCCACAGUCAACUCUGUGGUCCGCACUGGGUGCACCUUCUCCAUCUCCUUCUGCAAGUCCAACCUCGUGGACUUUUUCUUUUGUGACCUCCCACCCCUGCUGAAGCUUGCCUGUGGUGAGACCAGGCCACGGGAGCAGGUGAUCUACCUCUUUGCUUUGUGGGUCAUUACGACCAGCAUUUCAGUGAUUCUCACAUCCUACUUGUUCAUCAUUCGGGCCAUUCUGAAGAUUCGUACAGCAGGAGGCAAAGCCAAGACUUUCUCCACCUGUGCUUCUCACAUGACUGCGGUGGCUAUUUUCUUUGGGACACUCAUAUUCAUGUACCUGAAAGGUAACAUGGGCAAAUCUCUCAAGGAGGACAAGGUGGUGUCAAUAUUUUACACUGUGAUCAUCCCCAUGCUGAACCCGAUGAUUUAUAGCCUGAGAAACAAGGAGGUGAAGGAGGCUCUGAAGAAAGCCCUCAACAGGAUGAGGGUUUCCCACGGGGGCUAA